AUGGCGCCGAAGCGUGUGUUGAAGGUGGUGAUUGUCGGUGGAGGGAUCUCCGGAAUCGCCCAAGCCGUCCGACUGCAAGAAGCGCUUGGCUCGAAAGUCGACUUCACCAUUUACGAGCGCGAAGCAGAAGUCGGAGGAGUAUGGCGUGACUCGACUUGGCCGGGGACUGCCGUCGACGUCCCGAUCCACCUUUACUGCCUUUACUCGCAUUUGAACCCCGAUUUCUCGUCGAAAUGGGCAGGGCGGGAUGAGAAACGCAUCGUCGCACGGCAUCGCCUCGCCGACCGCUUCGUGUUCCGCACCGAAUUCGUCUCCUCCCGCUGGAGCUCCUCCACCCAAUCCCACACGAUCACCUUCCGUCGCCUCCCCUCCAACGAACUCUUCACCGUCCAAGCCGACAUCCUCAUCUCCGCCACAGGCGCACUCAACAAGCCCAUCAUCCCCGCCGUACCGGGGCGAGAAAAUUUCAAGGGCGUGCAGUGGCAUUCGAGUAGGUGGAAUGGGGAGGUUGAGCUCGAGGGGAAGAGAAUUGCGAUUGUCGGGAAUGGGUCGUCGGGGAUUCAGGUCGUGCCGAAUAUUGUCGACGUGCCGGGAAUCGAGAUCGUCCAGUUCAUCCGCUCACCCGGCUACUUCCGCCCUAAAGUCAACUUCGAAUACACCCCCUUCCAGCGCUUCGUCUUCCGCUACGUCCCCUUCGCGCUCCGACUGUACCGCUGGAAACAGUUCCUCGAGUACGACCGCAACAUCCUCUCGCGCGGGAAUGGGACUUGGACGAGCGAUUUGAGGGCGAGGAUGACCACGAACAUUAUUACGUACAUGAAGAGCCAGAUGCCGGAGAAGUACUACGAUGCGCUUAUCCCGAAGUACCCGAUGCACUGCAAGCGUGUCGCCUACGACGCUGGAUGGCUCGCCUCGCUCAACAAGCCCAACAUCUCGCUCAUCUCGGACGCCAUCGUCGCCGUCGACGAGACCGGCCUCCUCACCUCGACAGGCCAGCACAUCGAAGUCGACUACAUCGCCUGGGCCACUGGCUUCGAGGUCAGCGAGACUGGCGUCGGGCUGAACCACGGCGUUUUCGGCGAGGACGGCAAGGAGCUUCGCGAGACGUGGAAGGAGAACAACGGAGCGUACGGGUACCUCGGAGUCGCUGUCCCCCGCGUUCCGAACUACUUCACCGUCCUCGGACCGAACGCGAUCAGCCAGAGCUGGGGAAACACGAUCAACAACAACACGCAUUUCAUCGCGCGCAUCGUGCGUGGGAUCUACGACCGUGGACUCUCGUCGAUCGUCGUCAAGGACGAGGUCAUGCGCGAUUACAACAAGUACAUCACGUCCCGGCUCAAUCAGACGUCUCUUGCGUCUUCCGAGUGCGGUACCUCGUGGUACAAGGAUCCCGUCACCGGCCGUCUCGUCGCGCCCGCACCUUGGGGAGCAACCGAGCUCUGGACCCGCACGCGCAAGAUCAGAUGGGAAGACUGGCUCUGCCGACGCAAGCUUCCCUCAGGCGAAGUCAUCGAAGUCGACAUUCGCACGCCUCGCUCGUGGACGCCCUGGUCGAUCUUGAUGGACUGGAUUGCGGCGAGGUUGCAGAAGUGGUUGAUCAGGCUUAUGACGGAGGUCGAGCCUGGACGGGUGGGCGGAGUCGGGAAGGUCGAGCUGCUCAAGGAGGUGGGCGAGGGCAAGAAGCAGGUUGUCGAGAUUGAGGUGCGAUAG